UCUUCCGGGGAGGCGCUGCCGCCGCCGCCGCCGCCGCCUCUGCCUGCCGGGCGCCAUGGGGCUGCUGUCGGACCCGCACUGGCGCCGCGCGCUCUCCCGGCUGCUGCUCCGCCUGCACGCGCCGCUCUGCGCGCUGAGCUUCGUGGCCGGGCUGGGCUGGUUCCUGGGCCUGGCCUUCCAGCCGCUGGCGCCGCGCGCCUCCAUGUCGGAGAACGCCAUGGGCUCCACCAUGGUGGAGGAGCGCUUCGCCCGCGGGGACCGCGCCCUGGCCCUCGCCCGCGAGUUCGCCGCCCAGCGCAAGAAGGCCGGCGGGGCGCUGCCGGUGGCCUGGCUGGAGAAGAGCCUGCGGGCGCUGGGCCUGGAGGUGCACGCGCAGAGCUUCUCCCGGACGCUGCCCUUCCCGGACGAGGCGCGCGAGAGAUACACCGUGAAGGGGACCAACGUGUACGGGAUCCUGCGGGCCCCGCGCGCGGCCAGCACCGAGUCGCUGGUGCUGAGCGUGCCCUGCAGCGACGGGCAGCCGCGGAACAGCCAGGCGGUGGGGUUGAUGCUGGCCCUGGCCGCGCACUUCCGCGGCCAGAUCUACUGGGCCAAGGACAUCAUCUUCCUGGUCAACGAACACGACCUGAUCGGCAUGGAGGCCUGGCUGGAAGCUUACCAUGAUGUCAACGUCACAGAGAUGCAUUCGUCGGGGACGUUCGGCCGAGCAGGAGCCAUUCAGGCCGCCAUCUCUCUGGAGCUGAGCAGCGACGUCAUCACCAGCUUCGACGUGGCCGUGGAGGGGCUGAACGGGCAGCUGCCCAACCUGGACCUGGUCAACCUCUUCUACUCCUUCUGCCAGAAGAACGGGCUGCUCUGCACCAUCCAAGGCAAGCUGCAGCGCUCCGACUGGGACUCCCUGCCGGCCUACCUGCACUCCCUCCAGACGCUGCUGCUGAUGGUGCUGAAGCAGGGUUCGGGCCACCCGCAGGGGGACCAUGGCCUCUUCCUCCGCUACCACAUCGAGGCCAUCACCAUCCGUGGCAUCAACAGCUUCCGCCAGUACAAGUUUGACAUGGGCGUGAUGGGCGUGACCUUCGAGGGCAUCUUCCGGAAGCUGAACAACCUGCUGGAGCGGCUGCACCAGUCCUACUUCUUCUACCUGCUCCCUUCGCUCUCCCGCUUCGUCUCCAUCGGGCUCUACAUGCCAGCCUUCGGCUUCCUCAUCCUCAUCCUCAUCCUCAAGGCCCUGGACUUGUGGGUGAAGCUAAGCAGCUUCGACAGUGACGGGAGCCAACUCUGCGAUGGAGACCAGGCUUCAAAUCCUGCUCCUGUGGAGGAUCCCAGACCCAACGUGCUGACCCUGAUCCCCCCGCUGCUCAUCUGCCACGCCACAGGCCUCGCGCUGUACUUUGUGCCCGUCUGGGGGCAGCAGGUGGCCACCGAACACUUCCCGGUUUCGGAGUCGGAGGCUGUGGUGCUCACCAGCAUUGGGAUCUAUGUGGCUGGGCUGGCUUUGCCCCACAACACGCAUAGAGUCUUGAUGGGCUCAGGGAGCAACCAGGGCUGGAGGAUGCUGAAGCUGUUUGCACUCCUCUACCUGGCCAUGCAGCUGAGCUGCGUCGCCCUCAUCAACUUCUCCCUGGGGUUCCUGCUGACUGUCACCAUGGCGCCCGUGGCAGCGAUUGUGCAACCCACGGGGCCCAGGUACCUGUACGCGGGGCUGCUGCUGCUGGUCACCCCAGCCAUCACUCUCCUCCUCUGCAUCUUCCUGUACCAAGAGCUGAUGGAGUACCCCAUUUCGCCUCUGGAGGGCUGGCAGCAGUUCCUCCAGGUGAUUGCUGAGGGGCUGCUGGACCACUACCUUUAUGGCUCCAUCGUCUUUCCCUUCGUGGCCAUCUUCGUGUACCCCUGCUGGCUGCUCUUCUGGAACGUGCUCUUCUGGAAGUAGGUCCCCCGCCCCUGGCCACUGCUCACCAGAGGCCAGCAAGGCUUUGAAGUGGACCGGGGAGGUGGAGCCCGGAGCCCCCUCCUGCACAGCAGCUGCUGGUGCCCAGAGAGCUCUCCAAGAGGGCAAGAAAGUGGCAGCUGCCAACUUGCAAUGUUGAAUGUUCGGCCGGCUGCAGGCUGGGACCUCCCUCUGGGCAGGCUGUAGAGGUUUGCUAGGGGCACAGAGAGCCACAGGGCCCUGAUUCUCUUGGCCUUUGCUGCGGUUGCAAAACAGCAGAAAGACUGACUGGAGGGCUGGGAGGGAGGCGGGAGCUGUGGUUUGCCUGGAAAAAUUGUUGACAAAAUAAACACUUUGGAAGUUGUGGCACAAA